AUGGCUCUCAAAGGUUUCGCUUUUAAGAGAAUGGCGGUGGCGGCUCCUCACAUCUGUGAUAUCUUAUGUGAAAGGGAAAUUAUUUGCCAGAUCUAUAAUUUCAACAGAAAAGAACAGAUCAAAGGAUCGCAGAACAACCGCACAAAGGAUGCAAGACCCGAGAAUUUCCGCUCAGACCCAGCGUGGUUUUAUAUUCGCCGUUUAAACGGAAGAGAUCAUGAUGAAUGCAUCAGUGGAAACAAUGCCUGUGACGUCAAUGCAUACUGUACCAACACUGUGGGUUCCUAUUACUGUACCUGCAAGGAAGGAUACACUGGCGAUGGACGCUCGUGUUCAGACAUAGACGAGUGCUUGUCUGGUAAACAUAGCUGUGAGGGUAAUACCACAUGCAAUAACACCAUUGGAUCGUACUCCUGCAGGUGCAAGAAAGGAUACCAGGGAAAUAAGACAAACUGUACUGACAUAGAUGAGUGUUUGAAGAGAACACACGGUUGUGAUGUGAAUGCUGUGUGUAACAAUUUCCUGGGAUCUUAUAAGUGCACCUGUAAAGAUGGAUUUCAAGGAUAUGGAACUAAAUGCACUGAUAACUAG